GAGACCCCACUGCCAGCUCUCGCCAUGAAGCGGCCCAGAGCGCCCAGUGGCUCGGAUGGCGAGUCUGACGGAGCCAUUGACGUGGGUAGGGAGAGCGAUCUCAGCCAGAUGGCCAGACCGCUGACCACCCCCAGCCCUUCGCAGAUGCAAGCCCGGAAGAAGCGCAGAGGGAUCAUAGAGAAACGGCGCCGAGACCGCAUCAACAGCAGCCUUUCCGAAUUGCGACGCUUGGUGCCCACGGCCUUUGAGAAACAGGGCUCCUCCAAGCUGGAGAAAGCCGAGGUCUUGCAGAUGACGGUGGAUCACUUGAAGAUGCUCCACGCCUCCGGUGGCACAGGGUUCUUCGAUGCCCGAGCCCUGGCUGUUGACUUCCGGAGCAUUGGUUUUCGGGAAUGUCUCACCGAGGUCAUCAGAUACCUGGGGGUCCUGGAGGGACCCAGCAGCCAUGCAGACCCUGUCCGGAUUCGCCUUCUCUCCCACCUCAACAGCUAUGCAGCUGAGAUGGAGCCUUCCCCCACACCCACUGGGGCCCUGGCCUUCCCUGUGUGGCCCUGGUCCUUCCUCCAUAGCUGUCCAGGCUGGCCUUCCCUGAGCAGCCAGCUCGCCAUUCUGGGAAGAGUGCCUGGCCCUGUCCUCCCCAACGUCUCCUCUCCCACUUACCCCAUCUCUGCCCUCCGGUCCACACCAGUACACAGAGUGGCUGGUACCAUCCUGCCAGCCCGGAGGAAUCUGUUGCCUAGUCGAGGGGCAACUUCCACCCAGAGAGCCCAUCCUCCUGAAAGGCCAGCUGCCCCUCCCCCCACAGCCCCUGGUAGCAGGGUUGCCAGGAGCAACCAUGUGCUCUCUGUCCUGCCAUCGUCUUCCCCGAUAGCCCUUGGAGCUGGGAAGUCUGAUGACAGUCCAUCCCCUUUGGGGCCAACUGGGAGGCCACCAGCAGCGGUGCUCUGCCACUCCUGGGUCUCUGAAAUCACUGAAAUUGGGGCUUUCUGAGCUGACCCCCUACACCCAUCCCCUAGAAAUGGGGAGCGUUGCUAUUCUCCCCCAGGAGCUCUGAAAAUGGCGCCACCUUUUCUAGACCGGCUUCAAUACAAAGGCCUCUCUCCUCCCCCGUCAGAGCCCUCCCAGGCCCCUACUCACGACCCAUCCUGCUGCCCCCUGGCUCCCGUCACCUUUCCAGAGCUCAGAACCUUCGUCUCAUUUCCCACAGGCACAGAUGAACUACAUGGUGCCUGAGACCCCUGAGGCACUGUGGACCCAAGACUCAUGGCCUUUGAGUCUGGAGUUGAAGCUUUAACCUAAAGGCUGCCAUGGAGGCGUAGGCUGCUCCCAUGAUGAGGUGGGACUCGCAGUCCUGAGGACUGGUGGGAUUCAGCCACCCCCAGGCCAACAGGAUGGAAUGUGCCGUCUGCUUCACUUCCUGAAGACAGAAUUGAAGCAGUGGCUGUUGAGCAGUCUCUGUGGCCCCUUCCAGAACAGGGAAGCAGAGGACAAAUCUGUUCUCCAAUCAGUUAAGGCCUGCGGCUACCAUCGUUUCAACUUCAGCCGCCCACAUGACUGACGACCCACUAAGGCUUGACAAGCCAGGCCAGGAGGAUUCCCCACAGCAGCGGAGCUCUGGCCGGAUGUCCCUACCACCAGGUCUCCACAGUGCUUCAGACAGGAACCGGGCUGAGAGAGAACUGGAGAGCACCGCUCCUUUUCUCUCGGGUACCGUCCUCUGGGACUGUGACCCUUCCUACAGGGUGUGGACGACCUGUGGUCCUGAUGGUGGCACUCUAAGAAGCAUUCUCUUGGGAUUCGGCACCAGACAUCUGAGCCGCCUGGUUUGCAUCCGGCUCAAGGAGCCCAGACUGCUGCCACAGCCAAGGGCUGUCAGGCGGGAUAAAAAUAACUUGGAGGAGGGGGAAUACAGGCAGAGGCGGCUGGGCUCUUCAAGGUCAUGCAGCGGGUCGAGGGCCUGAGAGCCUGCUUGCCCACAUUUCACACAGCUGCCUCUGCUCAGAGGCCAGCUCACUCCCCAGCUCCGCCUCAGGCCACUUGCCUCUCUAAUGGGAAUAAAUGGCCAGUGGACCAGCAGAGACUGAACUGACAUUUAGGGUCGCCCUAGCUGGGGACAAAGUGUGGAAGCCUUUCUGUCCUCUUUGGUGAGCACUUGCUCCCCACAGUACCCCUGAGAACUGCCCAGUGUGCCAUCCGGGAACACCCUGGUUAAUGCCUGGCAAAACCAAGAUUGUGGGAAGCUGGAACUCCUAUUCACUGAUGCUGGGGGCCAUGCUGAUUCUGAAAUACUUGCAAGGUCAUUCCAGAAAGCCCCCCAUCCCGGUCCCAGCCUUUGAUGGAACCGCGGUCGUCAGAGCUGUAGUAAGGAACCUGUGGGCACAAAAGGAGCGUUUACCAAACCCUGGGAGCAUACGGGUCAUUUCAGAAAAGUGGGACAGAGGUCAUCUGAGUGACCCAGAAAGAGUUUGUGCAUAGGCCAUGAAGAGAUAAAGACUUCUUCACUCCUUAAUAGAAGCAAGUUCUUUAAUCUUGCUGCCAUAUUGGACCCGUUUGGCAUGUCUGUGGAGUGCAUCAUCAGCCCACUGAGAGAGACAGAUUUGGGGUGGAGUGGGGUAGAAGAGUCAUGCAGGUUCCUGGGGCUGCGGAGAGGUGAUAGAAGUCCCUGGAUAUUAGGGUCUUACUGCGGGCAUGCAGUUUGGCAGCUUCCUAGCUAGAGGUUCCGCGUUCACUCACAGGUGCGCUCUGGGAAACACAUUUCCCUGUUGCAGGUACCUGGAAUGUAACGCCGUGGAAAUAAUGGCAGAAGUGGCCAAACCCUCUGAGCAUCCAUCCUGGUUGGCCUUGGGACAUUUUCCCAGGAGACUGGGCAGGUGACCUCUCCCCCACUCCUCAACACCCAGCUGAGUGCUCAAAUCUCCUGUUUCUAGUCCCGAGCCUUUCUGGUGGCCCCAGCGCUCUCAUCCCCCUGCAGGGAGUUGCAGAGAAGCAAUAAAGAUGUUUAGUUCUGGAAACCUCCACCAACAAACUUCCACUUCUACUUCCUGGAUGUUUCUAGAAUCUCUGACCCAUCGCUCCAGGUCUAGCAAUGCCCCGUCUCCCCUAGAUUAUUGCCCCAGUUUCUUUGCUUUGCUCUGUCUGUACCAGUCAGUUCUCAGCAGCCAUGUGGUGUGUGCAGAGCACAUAUCAACCCAGCCUGAAACCUAGAUGCCACCCCCACCCCACACCCUGUUAUUCUAAUGACAAAAUCAGCUCUCUUUCUCAGUCCUAACCUGACUUCUGCCCGUGUUUCUUGCUGGCCCCAAACCUGCUCAGUGCUUAUGCUACACAGGCCUGGUCUCAUAUCCCCAGCAUUUCCAUCUUUAGAACUUCUCUCACGAGGUUCCCAGAAUGUUCCUCCCUUCCCUUGGCAUGACCUACUUCAGCUCCUCAGGCCUGGCCUUCCACAUCACCUCUCCUGGAGGCCUUCUGGGACUGAUGUGCUUGAAUAACUCAUUCAUCUCCAAAGUCCCAACUGUUUCUCUUCAUGGAGAGUUUGCUAAUGCAUACCUGCUUGUGUGCUUGUUGGUUAGGUAUGUUCCCCACUGGAAUGUGAGCUCAAUGAGUCCGGGGGCCAUACCUGGCCUGCCCAGCCCUGAGCACAAUGCCUGCUCAUCAUCACUGACCUAUGAACUUUUGUUGACUAUAUAGAUGGAGGCGGUGAGAAGGCUUCUGGCUUCCUGUGCACAGACCCCACUGGGGGUGGAUUCCACCCCCGUUCCUUCUGGCUGGCUUAGAGAGGAGACAGAAGAGUCAAGGCCAAGGAGACUGGGCGUUCUGGCAGAAUGGUCAUAAGUCCCCAGCCAGAGGAGAAGCAAGCGUGUUGGCCCUGGGGUGCAUGCUCCCAGCCGAGGCUGCCAACAGGUUUGUUUUUGCUCUUGGCCUAACUCUGUAAUACAUCCAGCUCCCAACAAACGCCACAUUCGUGGAGACCUAUCCCAUGCCAGCCAGGGCAGACAGAGCCUAAGGUAACAAACACACAGUCACUCAGAGGGCAGCGUAUCCUCUGCCUAGUAAGAUGGACGUGGAAAGAGCUCUGGAGAAGGCUGAGGGCUGCAGAACGGGUGUGCUUCUCUGGGAGGGGGCCCUGGAAGGAAGCCCUCCUGGAAGAGGACCAAGGGACUCCCCUUGCAGAGAUCUAGAAAUUCAAGCAGGAAGCUACAGAAGCUUGGAGCUCCUGAGUACAGUCCCUCAGUGCAAGUGAAAGAUGAGUUUGCCUGAGCUCUGAAACUGAUCUUUCUCAUUAAUGAGACCGGAUUUUCUUCAAGUUCUUGGCCUUCUUGAACUUAAAAUUUUCAUCUGUUCAAUGGCCACAGUGCAGUAAUAGCUACCCACAUCUGUGCACAC